AUGGCGGAUGCUAAUAACUUUGCAUCCAACGUUGAAGCUGUUUUACAAGAUGCGGCAGCAUUACAAGCUUUUCGAGAAUGGAUUCGUCUUGAUCCAUCUCGACCGGCUGAUUGCCUCACAUUGUAUUUUGCCAUAAAAGGAUACCAGACGUUCCUUUCCAAAAACGAUCCAAACACUUCCAGUAUGGCUUGCACAUUACAUCGAAAGUUUAUUAGUCAACGUACGGGUACUUGUUCGUUCCUUCCCGCGUCUGUACGGAAGGAAAUGUCUACACGGGUGCAUUCUCUCAACAGUCAAAAUCCUCCCUAUCCUGAACUGUUCGAUCCUGUGCAGCCAGCGCUGAGGAAGCAACUUGAUGCGCUUCAUGCGCAGUUCGUUUCUUCUCAUAGUUUCUUGGAGUUUAUCGCUCGAAGUGGCAGCGAAGGUUCUUCCUCAGCUACGCCUGAAGAUGACUUCAAUAUGCUUCCAACGAGCUUUGCGCCAACUUCGACGAUGAUUCGCGAUAGUAGCAAGAAGAAUAAAGGGUUCAAAACUCGCGCAUACUCGUGUGAUGCCUCGACCAGCCGUGAUAAUGAUGACAGUGCUCGAGGCAUUAUCAUCGACCGAGAGAGACACCUGUUUAAGGUGAGCAUGUUAACGCACUUUGUGGUGCCAGGUAGUAAAUUAUUAGGCUAAUG